AUGUCUAAUGAUAUUUAUGACAAUGACUUCGGGACAGAGACUGAGGGAAUGAAAAGAGAGAGAAUAGAGAUGAUGGUGGAUAUCUAUGAGAGUGCAGAUCAUGUGAGAGAUUAUGAUUUUAAGACAGAGACAAACACCCACAAACCACUUCAGCGUACAGGAAGUGAUUCAGUGAAGGUCAGAAGCUCCAGAGCAGCUGUAGUGUGUUUGGUUCUGCUGUCUGUUCUUCUGCUGACUGCAGUCAUAGUGCUGUGUGUCCACAUCUACACAGACCUCACAGAACAAAGAAAUGAGCUUGAAAUCAAGAUCGCCAACCUCACAGAAGAAAGAGAUAAGCUAGUAACCAAUAUCACCAACCUCACAGAAGAAAGAAACAAGCUAGUAACCAAUGUCACCAACCUCACAGAAGAAACAAACAAGCUUGAAAUCAAGAACAACAACCUCACAGAAGAAAGAAACAAGCUAGAAAUCAACAUCACCAACCUCACAGAAGAAAUAAAGACCAAGAGAGAGCAGCUAAUAAAUCAGCUUUCAAAUCUUGGUAAAGAUUAUGAAUGGAUUUACUAUCAAUUCAGUUUUUACUAUAAGUCCAAUGAGACAAAGAACUGGACUGAGAGCAGACGAGACUGUUUGAAGAAAGGAGCAGAUCUGAUCAUCAUAAACAACGGAACAGAACAAGAUUUUGUUAUGCAUAUUACUAAUAAAACAGAAUUCUGGAUUGGUGCAACUGACAUUGAUGUGGACGGCAGCUGGAAAUGGGUUGAUGGCAGCACACUGAACUCUGGAUUCUGGGCAAAAGGUGGAGAAGUAAACGAGCCAAGAGGAGGAACAUUAGAGAACUGUGCUGUGACUUAUUCAACACAGUGGCCUGACAUAAAAGGGUGGCAUGAUGUUAAAUGUAAUGAUACUUAUAACUGGAUCUGUGAGAAGAGUAUUUUACCUCUCAUAUAA